AUGACUACCACUAUUCAUGCAAUUAGGAAACUGUCAUUAAUUUUUGACAAUUCAUCUUAUAAAUUUUCUCUUCAUUUUUUAAACUCUCUUUCCCUCUUUUUUUUCCUUUUCCUCUCUUUCCCUCUUUUUUCCUUUCCCUCUUUUUUUUCCUUUUCCUCUCUUUCCCUCUUUUUUCCUUUUCCUCUCUUUCCCUCUGUUUUCCUUUUCCUCUCUUUCCCUCUUUUUUCCUUUUCCUCUCUUUUUUCCUUUUCUUCUCUUUCCCUCUUUUUUACUUUUCGUCCCUUUCCCUCUUUUUUCCUUUUCCUCUCUUUCCCUUUUUUUCCUUUUCUCUCUUUCCCUCUUUUUUUUCCUUUUCCUCUCUUUUCCUUUUUUCCUUUUUCCUCUCUUUUUCCUUUUCCUCUCUUUUCCUCUUUUUUACUUUUCCUUUCCUUUCCCUCUUUUUUCCUUUUCCUCUCUUUCCCUCUUUUUCCUUUUCCUCUCUUUUUUCCUUUUCCUCUCUUUCCCUCUUUUUUCCUUUUCGUCCCUUUCCCUCUUUUUUACUUUUCGUCCCUUUCCCUCUUUUUUCCUUUUCCUCUCUUUCCCUCUUUUUUUUCCUUUUCCUUUAGAUUUCUGCUUGUUUCUUUUUCUUGUUUCCUUUUAUUGUCAAUUUCAUGUUUCCUGCUUUCGUUUUCAUUUCACUACUUUUUUGUUUCUUUCUUUCUUUUAUAUUCUGUCAGUCCUUUCUUUCCCCACAUUAUUUCAACACAUUUCUUUUCUUUCUCUAUCUUUUUCAUCACCUUCAACAUUUCCUCUUCUCUUUUCUUAUUCAUCACAUCUUCCUUUCCUCUUUCUUCUAUUCUAUCAUUCUCUUUUCCUCUCUUAUUGUAUUUUACUAUAAUUCUUUCUCUGUUUUUUCUACCUUGUAUUUCUUUCUUCUUUUUCCUUGCUAUUCACUUUCUUAUGUCUUUCUUCUUUAUUACUUUUUUCUGCAUUCAUCUCUCUAUUUUUCCUGUAUAUAUUAAUGAUUUUCCUUAUUUUCCAGAUGAGGAUUUGAUAGAGAGAUCCUGUGUUGUAUCUAUCUAUCUAUCUAUCUAUCUAUCUAUCUAUCUAUAUAUAUAUAUAUAUAUGUAUGUAUGA